AUGAACUCCCAAAUUCAUCAGAAUUAUUCCAUGGAUUUGGAGGCCGCCAUCAACCACCUGGACGCCCUGUAUCUGUGGGCCUCCUACACCUGCCUCUCUCUGGGCUUCUAUUUCCAUCGUGAUGAUAUGAAUCUGCAGGGCCUGCACCACUUCUUCUGCAACUUGGCGGAGGAGAAGUGCAAGGUCCCCCAACAUCUCCUGCUGGUGCAAAACCAGCAUGGGGACCACGUUCUCUUCCAGGACGUCCAGAAGCCUUCCCAGGAUGAGUGGGGUCAAACUCAGGAUGUCAUGGAAGCCACCUUGGCCUUGGAGAAGCACCUGAACCGGGUCCUUUUGGGUCUGCAGGCCCUGCCUGCACAGACCCUCUGCUGUGACUUCCCGGAGAACCACUUCCUGGGUGAGGAGGUGAAACUCAUCAAGCAGAUGGGAGACCAGCUGACCCACCUCUACAGGCUGGCGCCCCAGGCUGGGCUGGGCCAGCAUCUCUUCCAAAGGCUCACCCUCAUGCACGACUAGGAGCCUUUGAAGUCCAGAGGCUUUGAGGGGCUCCUCUCCA